CUGUGAGAGUCUACACAAAACAACACUAGCUAAUACAUGAUGUAGUUUUUAAUGAUGAGUUACCACUGAAUUUGCUCUGAAUACAUUUGCUUUGAUUCAAUCAGUCGCUCUGUUGCUCGGAGGAACUUGAGGAGUUGCCCAUGUGUUUUAAUUGUUUCUUCAGCAUGUGGUAAAAGGAUGGGAAAGCUUCAGUGAGGGUUUCCUCACCUCUGUCCGACAUAAAGGAUGACUUUAGGUGGUUUGGCGACUGCUUUAAGCACCUCCACAGAAUGCCUGUCUACACCAAAUGGAAUACAAAUACUGCUGCAGAGCGGCUUAAUGUACCAGGACAACAUCAACCGGUUCAUCAGUUAAAGCUUCCUAACAGUAAAAGGUGCUGCCCUUUUCCUUCCACGUGGGAAUGGCUCCUCUUCCUUAUCCUGCUCCUCCAUAAUCACAGCUCAGCGCAGCAAACAUGCAGGGGACCUUCAGCAGCACCUGCAGACAAUGUUCACAUUACUGCGGCCAGAGGACAACAUCCGCCUGGCUGUGCGGUUGGAGAGCGCAUACCCGCAGUGCACACGUUACAUGGUGGUGGUCUCCACUAAUGGCAGACAGGACACAGAAGAGAGUGUGGUGCUGGGCAUGGACUUCAGCCCCUCCGACAGUUCCUGUUCCAUAGGCAUGGUGCUUCCUUUGUGGAGUGACACACGGAUCCACCUGGAUGGUGAUGGGGGUUUUAGUGUGUCUACAGAUAACAAGAUACACAUAUUCAAGCCUGUAUCAGUCCAAGCCAUGUGGUCUGCCCUGCAGUCUCUUCAUAAGGCCUGUGAAAUGGCCCGCUGUCAGAACUACUUCCCAGGCAGCCUCUUCCUGACCUGGGUGAGUUACUACCAGAGCCGAGUGACUUCAGAUCAGGCCCUCAUCAGUGAGUGGAACGCUAUGCAGGACGUGCAGUCCCACCGCGCAGACUCACCUGUGCUCUUCUCAGAAGUGCCAACCGAGCGAGAAAGAACAGAGAGACUCAUCAAGACUCGUUUGAGAGAGAUCAUGAUGCAGAAGGACCUUGAGAACGUCACCUCUAAAGAUAUCCGCACAGAGCUGGAGAUGCAGAUGGUGUGUAAUCUACGGGAAUUUAAGGAGUACAUUGAUAAUGAGAUGAUCGUCAUCUUAGGGCAGAUGGACAGGCCCACAGAGAUUUUUGAGCAUGUUUACCUGGGUUCUGAAUGGAAUGCAUCUAAUCUGGAAGAGCUACAAAACACCGGGGUGCAAUACAUCCUUAAUGUGACGCGGGAGAUCGAUAACUUCUUUCCAGGCCUAUUUGAGUACCACAAUAUCAGGGUUUAUGAUGAAGAGGCCACAGACUUGCUGGCUUACUGGAAUGACACUUACAAAUUUAUCUCUAGAGCAAAGAAAGCAGGGGCGAAGUGUCUGGUGCAUUGUAAGAUGGGCGUUAGUCGUUCGGCCUCCACUGUGAUCGCAUAUGCCAUGAAGGAGUACGGCUGGGACCUGGAGCAGGCCUUUGAGUAUGUUAAAGAGCGGCGAGCCGUCACCAAACCCAACCCAUCAUUUAUGAGACAGCUGGAAGAGUAUCAGGGAAUCCUGAUGGCCAGCAAACAGAGACACAAUAAGUUGUGGCGUUCCCACUCGGAUAGUGAUUUGUCAGAGCACCAUGAGCCACUCUGUAAGGCCACUGCUGCACAGUCUCUCGGACGCUCCUAUUCCCGCAACCAGACCUUCGGUCAGACAUCACCCUCAAUAAAGGAGCUACUGCAGUCUCUCACACCCACCUCAGCCAGUGCUACUGAAGCUAAGGGGCAGACAGAGCCUGAUACGAUACCCUGGCCAGAUACCCACAUUUACAAUGGCCUGGGCAACCCAGACGACAACCUCCAUGAACCCACAGAGACCCCUUCCCUCCCCAGACCUAGGGCUGCCACUGUGGUCCCAGAGGCCAGAUCCGAUGUCACCUCCGUGACUAUUGCAGAGACUUUCCCGUUGGGUCGUCCUCAUCCACCCGCCGCUGUACAUAACCCACCCUCGUCCCCUAGGCUUCUCUCAGAUGCAAAGACAAUGCAAGGUCUGUCUGAGCAGCUUGAGGUGUCCAUUCUUGUGCCUUUGGAGAAGUCUAGUCCAAAGGUGCUCUCAUCUGUGAGCAUUAGGAGUAGGACUCCUGAGCCCUGCACACAGACCUCGGAUUCUUCAGGGCUGCAGGAUAUCAGCCAGCAAGUGCCUAACACGGAGACAGACUGUGUGGGAAUAAGUUACAGCAGUGAUGAAGACCACCACCCCAUUGCCACAUUACACAGAGCUGGGCUCUCUACCACCCCUCCCUUGACUCUAAGCACAGACCGCAUUGACUUCUUCAGUGCCAGAGAGAAGUUCCAGGGCCUUUCUCAAGAGGGUCAGAUCUGUGGGACUUCUGAGCAGGCGGUGCAGCAGACACCUCGGGACAAAAGCCAGAGUAUAGAGACCAAACGGCUACUUCCUGACAACCCUAUCAAUGAGGAGGAACAGAAAAAGGAGAGCUGCAGUGUCUCAGUCCAUAAUAUAGUUUCAGAAAUGGAUUCAAUACGGCACAGUGUAACCCCUCCCCCCCCUCCUAUCAGCCAACCUGUUUCCAGUAGCAGCAGUGAGGAGGAGGAGUUCACACAAGCCACAUCAGCGGAAGCUGAAAAAGAGAAUGUGGAGCAUGGGAAGGACCAGCAAAGCGACUGGCCAAAGGGCACCGUGCGGCGAGCCACCAGGGAGCUUGAGCAGAAGAUCAAGCAGGAGGUCUCGUCAGUGGCACUGGUGUCCUCGGCCCCUGCGUGUCCCUCGCGACGCUCCCCCAUCAACACCAGCAGCAGAGAGAAAACUGAGAAGACCUCAUCUCACACACACCUCACACCUGAUCCAAGCACUGUGUCAACACGCCAUCACCAGCCUCAGAACAACAUGGACAACAUGAAGGUGGAGAAAGACGAGAGUCUUUCAGCUGAUGAGGACAGAAUGGGAAAAGAGUGCGAGAGACAACUCAGGGAGGGAGAGCGCAUGAACACCGGCCUCACGCACUCAAGACAAAGCCAUUCCAUUUCAUCUAGCUCGUCUCUGGCCAUGGUUCUACAGCUGGAGGGAAUCACCGAGCAGGAGAGUUACACAGACUCUGAUUGUCCACUGGGACGCUGUCCAAAAGACAUGAGGGAAACCUGGGAGACCCUGAAAAAGCUUGGGGCAUUCCUCUGGCAGGUGAGUGGCUGCUCGGACAGGCGACUCAGCCAACCGUGGUCCAGGAGGGAGCAAAGAAAGGGCCGGGCUGCGCGAGAGAGGACCAAAGAGGUGGAGGCUCGGAUCCGGCAGGCUGGCCUGACCCCACCCUCAAUGAUGAAGCGCUCAGCCUCGUUGGCCAAACUUGGGUCUUUGGAGCUCUCGCCUGUUGACCUGAGCGAGCUUGACUUAAGUCCUGCCUUACUCUCUGCUCCCACCAAUAAGCCACGUCCCCACUUUUGUAGUGAUGAUACCUCAAAAAAGAAAUGCGUUUUGCCCCAUUGCACUCCUGCUGUCCCUUGCUCUUCUGCCUCUCCUAUUUCUUCCACUGGAUCUCAUAUGCUUGGACAUGUAGAGAAUGAUGAUAAGACUGAAGAGGCAGAAUAUAGUGACUAUGAUGUCAUGUCCAUGCCACUGCCACUCUCCCCACCCUCCAAUCAGUGUUGGAGGCGGGAUAAUGCACAGGAGGAGGCAGGUUACGCCCAGUUACCUGCUUCUGCCUUGAUAACCGUGGCAACACGCCAACAAUAUGGGAGGACGCAUCCCCUGCAGAGGCUGAAGAAACAGACCAUAAACCCUUACCACACUAUGUGACUUUUAUUCUGUGUGUGAGUGUACGUGUGUUUGUGCCUGCCAUGGUGAGUUUGUGAUUAAAGAGAUAGCACACCCAAAAAUGACAAUUCUGUAUGACUUUU